UGACGUCAUUAUAGCCAAGCACUCGUUUCGGGUCUUGAAAUGGAUGUUCGACAAUGUCCUAACUAUCAUACUUGUAGGAUAGAAUUGAGCGAAGGAGUAGAAAACAAGAAAGUAUAUGCAUAGAACCAGCCUACAUAAUUUUUCUAAAAAUCUAAUGGGAAAGUACUGCCAGAGAGGUAAGGUAAGCAGGGUUUAAACUGUAAUAAUGGCCCGUCAACCUAACCCUCUUAGACAACAUUGGAAACAGACUUAGGAACAGCUUGAAACCUGCAAAAAUAACCUAAAACUGGAGCCUCGAUAUAAUAAAGUAAAGAGGAGGGAACUGACAGUGAGAGGAAAAGUGUAUGAUGAAAUAUUAAAACACAAAUAAAGAUUGGACAAAACUAGAAGAAAAUAUUUAAAAUAAACUAUAUUUUUCUAUAAUAGGAAAAAGUUCAGUGAACUGGUUGUCCGAAAUAAUAGCUGAUCAUAAGAGAUGUCUAGCCUGAAGUUUCAAUGUAAAUAAUGUCAAUGUAUUCAAACACGUGUAGGUGUUUAGUAUAUUUACUAUUGGCCUCUAAGUUGACAAGGAAAGGAGAUAGGGGUUUUUUUGUGGACACAAACUGUGGAAUAUUGGUGACUGAAAAGUAAAUUAUCGCAACUGAUUUUACUUUUUAUUUUUUACUUUUCGUUUAUAUAUUCUAAGAAUUCGGUUUUGAAACAUCAUUCUCGACCUCACUUUUAAUAUAUUAUCCUUGUCUUCAGUUUGUUGUGUUUUAACACUUCCUCUGAUUCUGUAAACUAAACAAUACUGAGUAGGUGGAAAGGAAAACAUUGAGAAUGUAAACUGUUCAUACGCAGUGGUGGGAAUUGUUACUUUGGAAUCCAGAACUACAACGACGGCGAUAACUCCACCACUACUACUAUCAGUUGAGUAACAACAAUAAUAGAUCGAGACGACGGCAAGACGAACUACUAACCAAGCACUAAGAAUCAUUUUAAUACUGUAUUUCAUCGUUCUAGAUGUUAUACCUUUCGUUUAGAACGCUGAACGGGAAUACGUAAAGUGAAAACGAAAUGAGACUAUAUCACUUAAUUCAAGUCCAUGUGUAAUGUGUAUGUGUACAUAAAAACACAUAAUCCAGUCUACAGAGGAACACAAACAAGCACUGACAUAUUCCUGGCGUUUAUCAAUUACCAUAUUUAGGUUUAAGAACGACAAAACAUCCUCCAAAAUUACUUAUACAACUAAAAUCACUCAGAAAAAUGGGGGACGAGGACAACGAACUGGACGGGAAAUUACUACAACAGUUCAGCUCUAUGGGGACGACUGAUAAAGAGGUGCUCAUUGCCGAAUUCCAGAAACUACUGGGUGACCAGUUAAAUGCUGCAGGCUGUGCUUUCUUCCUUGAUAUGAACAAUUGGAAUUUGCAAGCUGCAAUUUGUUCAUAUUAUGAUUUUGAACAACCUAGUAUUCGCCUACCGUCCAUGUCUUUUGUCAAAGAUGUCACUGUUGGAGAAGGAGAGUCAGUUCCACCAAAUACUAAAUUCACUAAAACUUGGCGACUGCAAAAUUCAGGAGAUGAUAGCUGGCCACCAGGCUGCUGCUUAAAGUUUUGUUAUGGAGACCAGAUGACUCAUAUAGACAGAGUUAUGUCAGUAAGUCUUAGUCCUGGUCAAGUGACUGAUAUAAGUAUAGAUAUGGUCAGUCCUUCUAAAACAGGCAUCUACCAAGGACAGUGGCGAAUGAUAACACCAUCAGGUUGUUAUUUUGGAGAAGUAAUUUGGGUUAUAAUUAAUGUAGAUGAAGCUGGGUUAUUAGCAGUUACUCAACAGAUGUCACGAUUUGAGUUUGGCAGGCCAUCAGCACAGAACCCUUCAAAUCCAUUUGAUGUUAAUUCCCCCAAAAUCAACCACUCGGAUUCUUCUGAACUAACUGGUGCUGUAGACACCAUACAUUCCCAGGGCGUAAACCAUUAUAACAACUCUGACCAAGUUGUAUUACAUCCAACUUCUAAUCAGAACCUCCCUCUUCAUUCAUUUAUAACUCCUGAGUCAUCACCUAAAUCCAGCAAUGUUGAAGAAGAAAACCAAGAAAUGAUGAUAUCCUAGCAGUACUACAUAGCUAUCAGUUGAAAUAACUGGUGGUAUCUAAAAACUGGAGUGAACUUAAUCUAAUGACUAACAAUG